UGCAUCCUGGCAGAGAUGCUCUCCAACCGGCCCAUCUUCCCCGGCAAGCACUACCUGGACCAGCUCAACCACAUCCUGGGGAUCCUGGGGUCCCCCUCGCAGGAUGACCUGAACUGCAUCAUCAACAUGAAGGCACGGAAUUACCUGCAGUCGCUGCCCCAGAAGGCCAAGGUGCCCUGGCCCAAGCUGUUCCCCAAGGCCGACCCCAAAGCCCUCGACCUGCUGGACAAGAUGUUGACCUUUAACCCCAACAAGCGCAUCACUGUGGAGGAGUCGCUGGCUCACCCCUACCUGGAGCAGUACUACGAUCCCUCGGACGAGCCGGUGGCCGAAGAGCCCUUCACUUUCGACAUGGAGCUGGACGACCUGCCCAAGGAGAAGCUGAAGGAGCUGAUCUUCGAGGAGACGGCGCGGUUCCAGCCGGGCUACCAGGGGCCGUGAGCGCUGGUCCGUCACGCUCCAGCCUAGACCUGCCUCCCUCUGAGAAGGUUUUGACCUGGCCCCUGCGCCCGGAGCGCCCCUCGGACUCUGAUUUGGGGGGCUGGGGGGCCCCGCCCGAGAGGGCCAGCCCUGCCAUCGUGCUGUAUAACUGCUUCGCAAUGUGGCUGUGACUCCUAAACCCCCCCACGCUGUGCCUCUGGGGGGGCCUGGCAGGGGGGCCCAGUGGGGGAAUCUCUCCUGCUUCGUAUCUAAUGAGUUAACAAUUGUAAUUAGCCCCUGCCGUGCUGCUGGGAAUGUGGGGGUGGGCUGGGGGGCCGGGGUACUCCCCUAGGAGUUCCUAUUGCCCCCCAGUUCCUGUCUGUCUCAUGGGGGGGUUAGAGCCCGCCCAGCUAACAUGUGAGGGGUCCAGCCCCCUCCCCUUCCUGCCCUGCCUGCUCUAGUCUGGCAGGGAGGGGGGAGGAUUUCUACUGCCC